AUGGAAGGUGGAUGGUGGCGAGGAGGAGGAUGUUUGGGCGGGAAAGCCAUCAUGGAAGGACACUCGACACCAAAUGGGGCAGCUGCGAGCCGCAGAAACAGCAGCAAAAGGACCACCAUCGCGACCAACGGCUGUGCCCAUUCGGGCAUUCUGUUAUUUGUGCUGACAGCGAUGACACUAACGAGCUUAAUAACGCCCACAGAGCAGCUGGCAGUGGCGCCAAAUGGAACCACUCUGCAGCAACUGGAGUCCGUGGAGCCCGUGGAGUCCGUGGAGUCCGCGUCGAAUCCAGCCAUAAAUGGCACUAUGAAUGAGACAAUGGUGCCCAGUGUGCGACCCCACCUGGACCACAGGAAUCGACCGACGCAGGAGAAUGGCAGUCACUAUUUGGAGUACGACGAUGAUGGUGCGGACUGCUCGUACAGCUACAACUUCAUCCUGAAGCUCAUCACGAUGAUCCUGUACGCACUGGUCUGCAUCAUCGGGCUGUUCGGCAACACCCUGGUGAUCUAUGUGGUGAUGAGGUUCUCCAAGAUGCAGACCGUGACCAACAUAUACAUCCUGAAUCUGGCCAUCGCGGACGAGUGCUUCCUGAUCGGCAUUCCCUUCCUCCUGUACACCAUGCAGGUGGGCAACUGGCCCUUCGGCAACUACAUGUGCAAGGCCUACAUGGUGAGCACCUCCAUCACCUCCUUCACCUCCUCCAUCUUCCUGCUGAUCAUGUCGGCGGAUCGCUACAUCGCCGUGUGCCAUCCCAUAUCCUCGCCCCGCUACCGAACGCCCUUCGUGUCCAAGUUGGUAUCGGCCUUCGCCUGGAUGACAUCCGUGCUGCUCAUGCUGCCGGUAAUCCUUUUUGCCAGCACAGUGCAGUCCAGCAAUGGGAAUGUGUCCUGCAACAUCGAAUGGCCAGACACGCAGAACUCGCACACCGACUCCACCUUCAUUUUGUACUCCCUGGUCCUGGGAUUCGCCACUCCGCUGACCUUCAUCCUGGUGUUCUACUGCCUGGUGAUCAGGAAGCUUCACACCGUGGGGCCGAAGCACAAGUCGAAGGAGAAGAAGCGCUCCCACCGGAAGGUCACCAAACUGGUGCUCACGGUCAUAAGUGCGUACAUAUUCUGUUGGCUUCCACACUGGAUUUCACAGGUGGCUUUGAUCAGCUCCGCUCCUCAACGAUGUGCAUCUCGCCUGGAGCUCGCCGUCUUCCUGGCCUGCGGAUGCCUCAGCUACUCCAACUCGGCCAUGAACCCCAUCCUGUACGCCUUCCUGAGCGACAACUUCAAGAAGAGCUUCAUGAAGGCCUGCACGUGUGCGGCACGCAAGGAUGUGAAUGCCCAGUUGCAGCUGGAGAACAGUUUCUUCCCCAAGUUCGGCAAGGGCAGGCAAUCGGAGCGUCUUCUCGGGGGUAAUGGAAAAGGUGGCGCCCAACGUGGGGCAUUAACCAAGAAGAAGGGCUUGGCGGCGGCGAGGAACAACAAUGCUCCGAUGGCCACCACAACUACGACGACAACCACCACGACGGGCACGGAUGCAGUGACCUGUCUCCAGCCGCCAGUGCAACAGGUGCCAGCCGAGAUCCAGGUGGGCAGUCCGGCCACUGUGCUGGUGGUCAAUGCGGAGACCAACAACUGUAAGCCGCCCGUGCUUCACACGGACUUAUAAGACCGGGCUUCCUCGAUGCCCCUGGAAACGGUGGUCAUCAUCGCCCGGAGGUGAGAUCCGCAGGUGGAGCUGGAACUCGAUGUGGCCGUCGAUCGCCAGCUGUUGAGGCACUCGGAGAGCUUGCUAUAGGUCGUCUGAAAUGAUAUUAAUAUUUUAUACCAUUAGGGCGGAGCUACGCGAAAACGGGUAAAUUGAAUCCCAUUAUUAUAAGAUCGAAUCUCAGCAACAAGGAAUUUUUAAAA